AUGAACUGCGUGUCAGAUUUCUUCACCUACGAGACCACCAAGUCAGUGGUUGUGAAAAGCUGGACCAUUGGGGUCAUCAACCGAGCAGUCCAGCUUUUGAUCAUCUCCUACUUCGUGGGGUGGGUGUUCUUACACGAGAAGGCUUACCAGGUGCGGGACACAGCCAUUGAGUCCUCCGUCGUAACCAAGGUCAAGGGCUUUGGACGCUAUGCCAACAGAGUCAUGGACGUGUCUGAUUAUGUGACCCCACCCCAGGGUACCUCUGUCUUUGUCAUCAUCACCAAGAUGAUAGUUACUGAAAACCAGAUGCAAGGAUUCUGCCCAGAGAGCGAGGAGAAGUACCGCUGUGUAUCAGACAGCCAGUGCGGGCCUGAGCGCUUCCCGAGUGGGGGGAUCCUCACCGGCCGCUGCGUGAACUACAGCUCUGUGCUCCGGACCUGUGAGAUCCAGGGCUGGUGCCCCACCGAGGUGGACACGGUGGAAAUGCCUGUCAUGAUGGAAGCCGAGAACUUCACUAUUUUCAUCAAGAACAGCAUCCGUUUCCCCCUCUUCAACUUUGAGAAGGGAAACCUCCUUCCCAACCUCACAGCCGCCGACAUGAAGACGUGCCGUUUCCACCCUGACAAGGCCCCCUUCUGCCCCAUCUUGCGGGUGGGGGACGUGGUCAAGUUCGCAGGGCAGGAUUUUGCCAAACUGGCCAGCACGGGCGGAGUCCUCGGCAUUAAGAUCGGCUGGGUGUGUGACCUCGACAGGGCGUGGGACCAGUGCAUCCCCAAAUACUCCUUCACCAGGCUCGACAGCGUUUCCGAGAAGAGCAGCGUCUCCCCAGGCUACAACUUCAGGUUCGCCAAGUACUACAAGCUGGAGAAUGGCAGCGAAUACCGCACACUCCUGAAGGCUUUUGGCAUCCGCUUUGACGUGCUGGUGUACGGGAAUGCUGGCAAGUUCAACAUCAUCCCCACCAUCAUCAGCUCUGUGGCAGCCUUCACCUCCGUGGGAGUGGGGACCGUCCUCUGUGACAUCAUCCUGCUGAACUUCCUCAAGGGGGCCGACCAGUACAAAGCCAAGAAGUUUGAGGAGGUGGACGAGACGACGCUGAAGGUCACCGCCUCGGCCAACACAGUGUACCCCAGCGACCAGACCACCGAGGAGAAGCGGUCCACAGAUUCGGGGGCCUACUCCAUCGGCCACUAG